AUGGAUUCGCUCAUAGACAUGAGAUACGCAUGCAGCCAGAUAUCUCUCCCCGCCUGCUCUAUUCUGUUCAGAAACACCGUGCACGCCAAGUACCCCGGCCGCGCCAUCUCUAUCCUUGGCAUAAACCUCUACUCUCCGUACACUAUAAUGCUCUUGGUGCUUAACAUUGUGCUGACCAUUUCUUUAAUUAAUCGCACACAGGUGAAAUACUCUUUCCCAGCCAGGCGGGAAAUGCUUCUGUUUCUCCGUGUGUACCUAGGCGCGCAGGUCUUUGAUCUGGCUCUGUGCAGUGGCCUGAUCAAAACGUCCUGGAAGGCCAUAUACUCCGCUCUUGUGAGCUUUCAGGUUGCGUGCACCACCACAUGCUUUGUGUCGGCCAUGUGCACCGGCCUGGUCUGGAUGCUCCCAAACCGGGUGGCCAGCUCCUGCUCAAAGAUUGCAUAUCUCUUUACCGUCUGCUCGCUGUUUUCCAGCUUCUUUCUGUGCCUUCUGUCCAUCACCUCCGGCUUGGGCGUCGGCCUGUUUGCUCUCCUGUACCUGGUCCCGCUGUUCUUUGGCACCAUGUUUGUGUUUACGCAGCUGUCCAAGCUGAAGAUCCUCAACGCAGACAUAUGGGACUACGGGUCUCUCCUCGUCACCGCCUCCUUGGCGGUUUGCAUAGGAUGCACGCCUUUUGUGCUGGGAAUGGUUGUCGUUAUCAUCUCUGACCGGUAUCUUGACGGCACAUUCCUAAUACACACACUCGCUUUGUUUGCCGUCAUAAAAAUGUACGGAAUAUGGAGCAUGGACAAAGAGCAAGAAAUAGAGUGUGUAAACACUGUUAAGCAGUAG